UAGAACACACUGUUCUUCCUGAACAAAGCCAAGGACUUGAGCUGCGAUAAGCCCCUGUGUUUGUAUCCAGUGGAGCUGUUGAAUUUACAUCAGCAUGACUCGUUUCACUGCCUGUGGGCAUUGAGGAAGUGAGCUACAAUUAAGGUUUUGUAUGAUUUUUGCAGAUAAAUGGCAGCUUGUGGGUGAGAACGAACCAAAGCUGAGCAGGUCACGUUUACCUUUAAUUCAACAUGCAAGCAUUGUGCAUGUGACAUUUCUGGACUGAGCUGGAGCAAACGUUAGUGUAAUGCAUCCUGAGGGAAAUCUGUAGUAUGACGGAUGAUUUGAUGACGGUUUUAACCUAUGGUAUCUGUUGUUAGACUUUCUACUCCUGGUCUACUUUGUUAAUGUUACAGAGAGCCUGUAGCUAGCGUGUGCGUGUGUACAGUAUAUUAAACGGGCACAAGCAGGCCUUGAAUAGUUGACAUUCUCCUGCAGGUUUGAAUGGGAUGUCAUCAGCUCGUGGCUGAGCCUACAGAGUCACACCUCCCCAAAAUUAAUAUCUGUGCAGCCGGGUGCAUACGUUAGGAGUGUGUGGGUCUGCUGUGCCAGAUGAUGCAGAUACACACACAGUGCCUGGAUUAUUAAUCCACAGAUGUAGACAUUCAAAAAGAGGCUGUGUACAGUAUCUACAGCAGAGUACAAACUCUCAACUGACUUGCUCAGAGUGAAACUGAGGCUUCAUCACUUUCCCACUGUCAUCACAAUCCUUUCAGUUGGGUUUGGGCUGAUUAGAGAGACUUAAGCACCUGGCAGACAGCACCCUGAGAGCCACAGAGUACGUCUGUGCGUGGCCGUCUGCCUGGUGGAGCAAAACAACAGGAGAGAGGCAAGUUGGGGCAGGGAGCGGAGGUGUGUGUGUGUGCGUGUGCGUGUGCGUGAAAAUUUGCAUCUGUUUGAUUCCCACAAAGUGAUUCUAGGAAGAGACACACUGGUAAUUUGUCUGUGUGGAUGUGUUUGGUGCUAAAACUGUUCUGCAGAUUUCUCAAAAGAUAUCAAGCUUUUAUGAAACUUGGCAGGGAGGCCGCCAAGGUCACACCUGUGCUAUUUUUUUGAGAGAGAGAGAGUUUAAGGAAUUCGGAGACCUGGAGAGGUUUUCAGUCAACGCUUAAGUGACUGACGAGGAUGUUUCUAUGCUCUAGUGGCAGUGUUUUCAAGUUAAUGCAGUUCUUUUCGGCAUUGUUUAAGUCAUAGCUAAAAUUAGAAAAGCUGUUGCCAUGGUUGCAAAUCACAAACAUUAUUCACAGCUGUCUCGUUGUAAUUUGUUUACAGUAGUUUUGUUGUGUAACAUGCUUCCUGAUCUCAUCUGUUUGUGUUUACAACCAGGGAAUCCAUAAUUCAAUAAUCCAAAAUGAAGUUGCCAACAGAUGUUUGUUUAUCCAGAAGGUUCCCCUUUAAAUCCAUUGUUAUUUACAUGUCAUGGAAUCUAAUCGAAAUCCCUCCUCUGGGCUGAUCUUGGUUUUCCUCCCUUGAAACUACAAUAAACUUGUCACACAGUGUCGCACGCACUGCAUUUAGCACAUUCACCCAAAUCCCUGCUGUAAACAUCAGCUUGGGGUUUAUGGAUAAUUACUGCCCGUCUGCUAAUGCCGCCGGCCUCUGCACAAUCCAGCGCCAGAUGUUGUCUUUAAAUAUGUCCGUGGUGAAUAUGGACGCGAUAACACGAAGCGCUCGUGCUCGCGCAGCGCCGCUCCCCACCCAUCAGUCGGGCCGCUCCGUUCCAGUGUGUCGGUAACUGGAGACGGUUGGUGUUAUCCUAGAGUGACUUCACCCUACGCACGCAACACUGUUACAUCUCUGUUUACAUCCCCUGGACCGGCCGCUCACAUUGUGGCCCAUUAUAAUGCUGAUCGACUUCUCCUGGUCCCACGUGAUCGAAUUGAUUCCGUUUCUCACUGCUUUUGUGUGACUCACAACCAUGGGAAUGCUUUCCAUUUGUUCAGAUGUUAUACAUUCUGUGUCACGUCGGCUCAGCGCACCAGGAAGUCCGAACCCCUCAACUGGCUGAACACUCACACAUACAUUACAUCAAUUUACAUCUGCUUCAACUUCUUCGUAGUGUUGCUGGGAACAAUAGGGAACAUUUUUCACAUGUGUGCCCAUGUGCUGUGUAACUGCAGGCCUCUUUUAAACAUGUUUCCAAUCCUAUUUUAGGAACACAUCACUUUAUUCACUUACUCCCCCUUGUGGCAGAAAAGCUAAGUUGUUUGUGAAGCACAUGUUAAAUCUGCUGCCCUACUGGUCCAUUAACACUAAGCAUAAUUGAACAAAGCGGUGCUCUGUUAUUCAUCAGUUUUAAAGAAGUGGUUAAAGUUGCAGCCAUCCAUCCGUUGCUACCGCAAAUCCCUGACAACAGCUUUCUCCUUCCUAAUGUUUACGUGUGAGCCGGGUCCCCGUUGGCCAAUCCGGGCUCAGGGCGCUUGCUCAUGGGGGGCAACGGCGGGGAUGCCGGCUCUGUCGCGGAGCAGUAAGCGGGGGAGACGCAGCAGAGAGGCGCAGGAGGAAUUAGGCUGCUGGGGAUUAUGAGUGAGCUCUGACUGUGGAUUGGCUGCAGAGACGUGAACCCACAAUAACAAGUUGAUCAAAAACAAGCAAGAUUAUGAUCCUGCCGUCAUCGCUCCAGGAUUAUUUUUUCUUUUCCUGAUGAUGGACUGGGGACAGUACUUGAAGAUCAGAUCGAACCUUUUUAUUGUUUAAGAACUUACCUAUGCACCUUUUUGAUGCCCUCAUGCGUCUCUUUGACAUGAUAUAGGAGUGAACAUGGUGCUGCUUCUUACUAACAACUCAAACGCAAAUUUCAACUGCUUUCCAACAGUCUUCAACAGGAAAGCUGUGCAGAAGAGAAGCGACGAUGACAAGGCCGCGGCGCCGCCGCUGUUGCAGGAGAACGUGUUCAUCGAGUCCAGCAGGCCCAAGUACCUGGAGGACCUUCACACCGAGGCCCAGGAGGGACUGAAAAUGAUGCAGCAGGAGGAAAUCAAUAAUGGAGUGGAGUUCCAGGAUAAUGAAAGCACAAUUUCCUCAAUGACCAUGCAGACAGAUGGAGAAAGCGGAGGGUUUACGACCGACAGCACCAUUCAGGACACAUCUUCUGUCGUCUCUGUACAGUCAUCUGUGUCCACCAGGUCCUCGCGCUCUGGACUCACCAGACAGGGAUCGACCUUCAGGCCACUGAAUUCUGGGAAAAAGGCAGACAAAGUAAAACGAGGAAGACACAGGAAGACUGUCGGUGGAAUCCCACAGCAUGUUCGGAGAGAAAUGGGUCUGGACAGAGCUGGCUGGACACUGACACACAAGUUUGAUGAAGAGCAACUUUAUAAUGGGGAAACAGACACUAGCAGCACCAGUGAUGGACCACAGCUGACCGCGAGUUCACCAGAAACCAGUCCAAGCCUUCCAGACAUCCAGCCCUUCAAGAACCAAAUGGAGCAGCUGGGGGCCUCCCAUGCUGGUCAUCGGGACGACCUGGCUCUCCUGCGCUGCCUCGACCCUCACGCGCCCGAUGAGCAGAGGCCCCACUCUCUAGCAGUACCCUGGAUGACCACCGCGAACGGCCUCCAGCAGGAGCAGCCCGGCCCAGUGAUGUCUAUGUCACCCCAGGCCGCGUACAUGUCCAAAAUCAUCCCCAACGCCGUGUUGCCGCCCUCCAUCGAAGUGGUGGAGAUCAGCCGUGGGCGGAGUCGCAGCAGCCUCCGCACCGUCAGCAAGAGCAGCCUGCUGCUCUCCAGCCCCACCCCCUCUCGCGCUUCCUCUAGGGCCUCCUCAUCCAGGACCACAUCUUCCCGGACCUCCAACAUCACCUCUGCUUCCCGCUACAACCCCCCGCACCUGUCUGACAGCUCGUGCUGGACCACCUCCGAGUCCUCAGACACGCUGGUGUCGGACUCGUCGACCAUCGCGAGCAGCACCGCGCCCAGGCAGAAGAGGUCUCAGGACGGAGAUGCUUCCGCUAGGGAGGACCGAGCCAGCGCUUCAAAAUGCACCUCUAAUGGCAAGGUCCGUGGGAAAGUCGAUGAGGCCCAGAGAGACAGUCAGUUUGUGCGUAGUCUGUCUGUCAUGAAGCCCAAGCGGGCUCCUCCCCCUCCGAGCCGCUCAUACUCCCUCCACAGUAAGAUGAAGCGACGCUCGCGUGACCUGCACGAUGUGAGAGUCAUUUCAGCGGAAUCCUCUCCCAAAAAAAUCUCGCGCGAGGAAAAUAAAAACGAAUCCCAAUCUUCCGCCGAGGUACAGAUAGACAGCCCUAGCUACCACGCCGACACUAGUUCUCUGGACGAUUCCACGGGUUCUGGAUCAUUCAGUCCCUUCAAAUCCCAGUUGCAGGUGCUGAAGGAAGAGAAAGCUGCUACCAAAGAUGCUUCACAGGGGAAGCAAGAGAAUAAGCUAAGCAAAGUAAUCUCCCCGUCCAGCGGCUACUCCAGCCAAGAUGCCGUGUCCCCUCACAGCUCAUCUCCCCGACCCAAGAAAGGCCUCUUAGCGAAGCUUCAGAGGUUAUUUCCUUCGCCCAGCUCGGCUGGUUCGGCUCCGGCCUCUGACAAGGCUAAAGCUGGUGACUCAGUCGACCCCGUCCAUGUCAGCCCCUCCGUAAGAGCUUUAAGAGACCUGUUCAACAUCCCUCCUCCACCUAAGGUCCAUGCACCCCCACCUCCUCCUCCCGAGGUGUGGGCUCACAGCAAGCGUAGCGUGGAGCUGUUGCUGGGACCGCCGGUCCCCGACAACCUUUACGCCAUCGUAAAGAAAAAUCCAAAGGACAGGAGACAACAGCGGCAGGCUGCUUCUGCAGAGGGCCCUUUGAAGAGCUUGGUCACAGAACGAAAGCAGCAGACGCCAGCUAUAACGGUGGCGUCUGCCACUGGAUCCCUAUGCGUACUGGAGACAAAGACGGCUCAAGAAAGUAGAACGAUGAAAGCAGAAAUGUCCAAGGAGAACGAUGAAAGACUGGCUCAGAAUGUAGACUUGAAGGGAAACGGUAAAGUGACAGAACGAGAUAAAGUAAGUGACAAACUAAGUGGGAUGUUAAUGAAGGCUGUAGAGAAACGAGACGAGUGGUUGAUCGCGAAGAAGACGUCCGCCCAAGCCACGGAUGCGGCACCUGCCAUUUCAUCAGUCCACAUUUCCCCUUCCUCCACAGCAGCGCGCCACAAACAGCCGGCGGAAGGUAAAGUGGCGGCGGGACAAGCGGCCGUUUCCCCGGAGACAUCUUGGCCGCCGCCCCCCUCCCCUUCGCUUUCACGGCCCGACGAGCCGGACUUCCCCUUUCCGCCGCCCCCGCUGUUCGGUGCCGUGGCCUCGGUCAUGCCGGUGCAAGUGCCGCCAGAGAAGUCCGGCUCAUCCCAGGCGGCCGCGCGGCCAACACUGGCCAUCCCUCCUCCCCCACCCUAUUCGGCCCCCCCUCCACCGCUUCAAGAGGCCUCUCCCUCUAGGACCAAAAAGGUCUUUCUGCCAUUAAAAGAGGCCUUUCCUCCCCCUCCCGAGUUUGCGCCACCAAAGUUUAUGCCACCGCCUCCUAAAGAGUUUGCCCCAACGUCUUUGGCCCCUCCUCCGCCAGCGUCCAUGGUGGUUUCUCCACCAGCUCCUCCACUGCCAGCUGCAGAGGUUCUUCUACCAGCACCUGAAAAGGUUUCUCCACCAGCUCCUCCUCCACCAGUAUCUACACUGGUUUCUCCACCAGCUCCUCCUCCACCAGUAUCUACACUGGUUUCUCCACCAGCUCCUCCUCCACCAGUAUCUACACUGGUUUCUCCACCAGCUCCUCCACCAGUAUCUACACUGGUUUCGCCACCAGCUCCUCCUCCACCACCAGUGAUGGUUUCUCUACCGGUACCUAAAGAAUUCAUUUCACCGCCUACAGAGGUUGUUACUGUUACUUCUCUGCUGGUUCAAGAAGUUAAAGAGAUCUCCUACACACCGGAUAAAGUAGCCCCAGUUGAGGAGGUCGUCCCUCUGCCUCCUAAAGAGACCGCCAGCAAAUCUUGUGUAGAUGCAACACUUGUCAGGGCGCUCUCACCACCGUCAAGUAUUCCACCUCCACCACCUCUACCAUCACAACCCAAGUUGCCUGUCAUGGAUAUUGAUGUUGCACAAGAGAAAACCCAGUCCAAGGCUGAAACUAGUCCAGUUUCCUGUAACGGUAUAAGUCCACCUCAGACUAUUCCACCUCCAAUAGAGCUUCUCCACCAACCCCAGACUGCACCACUGAACUCCGACAAUCCAGUCACCCAGGAGGCCCCUCCAUCUGACGUCUCAGUCCAACCAGCUCCUGAAAUCUCUCCAGAAAAGGCUCCAGAACCUGCUGCGCCUCCUCCUGCCCCCCCUUUAAACACACCUUUACCUCCACCAUUACCUGAGCAGAGUCCUGCCAAAAUUACACACCAGCCUAGUUCUGUAAACACAGAAAACCAAAACCAAGAAGUGACCUCUGUGACGAUCACAGCGCAGGAGGAGGAGCCCGGCCCCAUCAUCACCCCCUCCCUCCUGCAGGCGGUCAAACUGCGGUCCGUCAAUAGCAGCCCUGAACCUCCUAAAGCUCCAGAUCAGCCACAGUCUGAAGUCACCAGGAAGGAGGUGCCUAGCAUUGAGGUCCCAACCUCAUCUGCGAACGGAGAAACACCCCAGAAGCCCAUCAGGAAGUCGCUGAUUGUGACCUCUUCAACGUCUGCUGCUCCACCUGUUGUAGUCACAUCGCAAACAGCUCUGCCCAAGUCCCAGUCUCUUGCGGUUCCGCCUGCAUCUGCAUCCACAGCCCCCUCCCCUACAAAAAAGUCCCCUAGCGCCACUGGCUUUCCUUCCAUGAACCUACAGGAGGCCAUCCGCCUGAGGGCGGCAGGCAGAUCCAGAGAGAGCGCAGCAUCUCGCCUCAGCGCGCACUCACCCACAUCCCCUCUGGACCCCCUUAAAUCGCCUUCCAGCACAGCCAACUUCAUCUUCUCCAAGAACUACAAGAAGGUCGUGAUUGAGACCAAGCCUCCCUCACAAGCUAAGGCAGCCAUGGAAGUGCCCUCCGUACCGAAGGCGGCGAGCGAAGCGGAGUCGCUGAAGGCCGGAGUCAAGAUGCCGCCCCCUGUGGCAAAGAAACCCAAGACGAAGGGCAAAGAGAAUGAGGCCGGCGAAGAGACGGAGCGAACUGCAGGACAGGAAGGAGAGCAAGAGGAUAAUAAGGAGAGACAAAAUGGGACAGCAGGUACUGUUGAAGAAGCGGAGGCGGCGUCGACGUGAUUGUAAAGACUGAAGGAGACGUGGCAAGGACUGAAGUGGCUGCAAGAUGGCGUUUGCGUAUGCGACAACAAACACAGGCUUUGGAUAAACGCUUAUUUUAAAACUGCAUUUUGGAACGUUUGGGAUUUGGAGGGAAAUCCUGUGGAAGGUGUGGGUCUAAAUAAUUACACUUUGCAUUGUUGAUAUCUUGUUUUGAGCUUUACUCUUGAAAAAGGUGGCUCUAUAGCGCCAUCUAGUGUCAGUGAUUGUACAACUCACGUCCUGCUGAAACAGCUAUAGUCAGUACGCAUUGAUGGGACUUUUGGGCACCAAUCUGUAAAUAUAGCAACAUUUUGUACAUUUAACACCUUGUCAUGGAUCUGUGCUACGCAGUUCUAGAUUUCCUUUCCCUCUAAAAGAGUCUCCAUAUAUUUGUUGAAAAAUAUAUUAAGUUAUUUUUUCUUGUCACUGAAUUUGUGUUUAACUGAGGGUUUCUAAAGGUGGAAUUUAUUCUUUGCAAUGUUAUAAAACCACAAUAUGCACAUGAAACAAGUUUGCUCCAUUUGUUUUACUCAAACUCCCACUUUUAUCACACGUGCAUGACGAGUAUCGCAAUACAAUGAGUUACUGUAGAAUGGAAGAGUUGCCUUUGUUACAGUUAAGAGUGGGAUCUUUCUGUGCUGAACUAUAUUGCAAACUGUUUUCAGACAUUGUCAUGAAUAGUCACUUAAAGAAUAAAGAUUUAUGGACAGUAAAA